AUGGAAGCUCGAACUCGCAGAGCCCUCGUCCUCGCCCACAGCCCACUCACCCUCGCCGAUUUCAAUUCCAAUUUCAACCACCUCAACGCCCUCAUUUCCAGCUCAACCCCGAUCGCCUUAAACCCUAAACCCCCAAAACGCCCCCCAAACAAACACAUCGCGAAGAUCCACACCGCUUCUCCGAAUUUCGCAUCAACAGCACUAUCCAAUCAGGAAAGCGUGAAACUCGCAGAAAAUCACGACAAUUGGCUGAAGCCGGCCACCAGGGGUUCUCCCAAGGUCCACGCUCUGUUCAAAACCCUGUCCGUCCUCGAGAGGGCGGUCAUCGGCGCCGCCGCAGGCGGCACGGCGGGCGCCUUCACCUACGUCUGCCUCCACCCCCUUGACACGAUCAAGACCAAGCUCCAGACGAAGGGCGCGUCCGAGAUCUACAGCGGCGCCUUCGACGCCUUCGUGAAGACCUUCCGGAGCAAGGGGAUCCUCGGGUUCUACAGCGGCAUCUCCGCCGUUAUAGUUGGCUCCACCUUCUCCUCCGCCGUCUAUUUCGGCACGUGCGAGUUCGGAAAGUCGUUUCUGUCCAAAAUCGGAAAUUUUCCUCCCAUUUUAAUUCCACCAACGGCCGGUGCCAUGGGGAACAUCGUGUCCUCUGCGAUCAUGGUGCCCAAGGAGCUAAUCACCCAGAGAAUGCAAGCGGGGGCUAAGGGCAGAUCCUGGCAGGUUCUAUUGAAGAUUCUAGAGAAAGAUGGCAUUUUAGGGCUUUAUGCUGGGUACAGCGCCACCUUGCUUAGGAACCUGCCGGCUGGAGUGCUUAGCUACUCCUCGUUCGAGUACCUGAAAGCUGCUGUCUUGAGAGAGACGAAAAGGGCAAACUUGGAGCCGCACGAGAGUGUAUGCUGUGGGGCAUUGGCAGGGGCAAUUUCGGCAUCCUUGACGACCCCUCUUGAUGUGGUGAAGACCAGGUUGAUGACUCAAGCGGCCGUGAAUAGGGCCUCGGCUGUUAUGUAUGAUGGGGUGAUUUCGACGGUUAGACAGAUACUCAAGGAGGAAGGGUGGGUCGGGUUGACCCGUGGGAUGGGGCCCCGGGUCUUUUACAGUGCAUGUUUUUCUGCCAUUGGGUACUUUGCAUUCGAGACGGCCCGUCUAACAAUCUUGAAUCAGUAUUUAAUGAGGAAGGAGAUUGAGGAUAUUGUUGUUGGUCCUGAUGGUUCGAUCGAACAGAGGAGCUGA